AUGUGGAUUGUUUCUGGGCGGAAUAUGUGUUGCGGUCCGCAUCGGUUUGCAGCAGCAGCAAUCGAACGAACGGAAGAACGAACGGCAACAAUCUCUCCGAACCUGUUCACCAGACCCUUCGGCGACGGACCUACGUGGAUCCGGUCGUGCGACGACAUCCCCGCCGAGGCUACCUUGGCCGGAACCACGCUCACCAUCCUCUCGUCAAUCGACUGUGGCGCCAACCCGAAGACGAUCGUCGUUACCGGUGACACGGUGGUGCGCUCCCAUGCCCCGAUGAACACCAUGGGCGUUGCCCUCAAGGUCCACCCCGGGGCCAAGUUGACGAUCUGCGCGCCGACGGUCAUGAUGAAGAGGAGGGAGAUGGACAACCAGCCGAUCCUUCGGGCCUUCGGAAGCAUCCACUUUGAAGUGACCAGGUGGCUCCCCGAGCACCUCGAUGGCACGCUGAUGGACAAGCACGGGGUUGUGGCCUUCGAGGGCCAAGGGUCCCUAGAAUCGCGAAACACCAUUAGGUACACGGCCACGUCUGUCGUGGUGGCCGACCCUGCGGCCGCAGACCAGAAUGAGGCCAACCUUACGGCGACGAGCAUGCCUACCGACCCUGAGCUUCGCAGGAGGCUGGACAUCCGCCACGCCAAGAGCAACAGGGAACGCGACUCCGCCGCCGCCGCUGCCAAGGACAUGUCGACGACCAACACGGCCCCUACCGCUACCGUCGGAGAAGUCGCCGACGACAAGUCCUCCUCCUCCGCCACCACCGCCCCUAACCGCGCCGAGGCGUUCUCCACUGUUGCUGAUCCCAACGACAACGAUGAUGGCGACAAGACCGCCGCUACAUCCGAGGCCACACCCGCUUCAUCUACUGCCACCGCUACACCUGCAACGCCUGCGACAAGAACUGCUGCCGACCCGAGCACUCGGGCGGACGUUGGCAACAACCCCGCUUCCGGUGCGUCGAUGGCCGAGUUCAUGACGGGCAAGGCCCGUGAGGCUCGCGCCGUCAACGACCACGGCAAGAAGGCCGGCGCCGGUGGCGGGGGCGAAGUUUCUUCGCCGAUUCCCGUUUCGAAUUCUUGGACCACCAAGAAGAAGGCACACCAGCACAGGCAGCAGCAACAGCAGCAGCAGCAGGAGGACCGGCGCCACAACAACGACGACAACAACAACAACAACAACAACAACAACAACAACAACAACAACAACAACAACAACAACAACCACUACAGCAACGGCAACACCAACGGCAACUCGUUCUCCCCGCCCGACGAGUUCCACGACGAGAACGUCUUGCGGGCCGGAAGAUUUCUGUUCGGGAAACUUAUGAGCCCGGGCAAGAAGGCCAUGAUUUACGUCUCGCCCAACUCCAGCUCCGUCGUUCACGCCUCGUCCGCCGGAAAGGCGACCCGGGACGAGGAAGGGCGAAAGAUCGGUCCCGUGCCGCAGAAACUGAAGACUGUUAUCACCCCCAACGAGCAGCAGAUGUCCAAGAUCGAGAGGAACCGUUCCGAAAUCUGGGCGCAGAGGUUGGAGAGAGGUAAGGCUGCCCGCGAGGGCGGCGAACUCAAGAGGUCAAAGAUGGCCGCCAUCACGGGCGUUCUGCCGUUUGGCAAGAACGGCUUCCGCCGGAGGCGAGAGCGCGAGCACGCCGAGGCCCACCUGAUGGAGGCCACGCUGAAGCUCACCAACAGAGGGAACUUGGAGGUUUCCAUCGACGGCACAAUUGUGCAGCGCAAAUCCCGGCCAUCUUGGUUCGGGUUCUUGAGGAGGAAAGACCCUUCGUACAAGCUGCUCGUCACGAAGGAAGGGAUCGAGAUUUAUCGACGAGGGAAACUUGACUGGGUCAUCAAGGCCGAGGACAUUUUCUAG